AUGCCUCUCUUCUUUUUCAAUCGUAAUUCCGAUACCGGUGAGGGGUUUUUUGGGGAGAUGCCUGCAGAAAAAGCUUUUUCCGAUGACCCCAUUCCUACUGGUGAGACUUCUUCUUACAAAUCUACUUAUGAAAGUCUUCCUCAUCAUCUCAAAUCAUGCCUUGAUUAUAUCUACAUUCUUUUGAACAAUUUUUAUUGGGAGAGACGAAAAGUAGUUAGGUUAUUAUUGGCUCAAGGUCUAAUACAAGAAAAACCAGGGGAGAUUAUGGAAGAUACAGCAGGAGAUAUUAUCGACGAAUUAAUUUGCCUUGAGAUGCUUCGUGAAGAGAGUUAUUUCGAGAGUAUGUUGUAUGUCUCUAAAUUUUAUGGAAAAUCAUGCCUGAUUGAAGUUGAGGAGCAUGAUUUUGUUGCUAAGGCUGCGAAUUCGCCCAUCCAUGGACUUAUUAGUAAUAAUGAAGUUCUGCCUCCUAACUUCAAAAAUCUUCUAAUUCGGUCCUUAUUUGCGAGCUCUUUGAGAUCUGCAUCCUGCUAUUCAUAUGAGAGCGUGCACUUCUCUCAGGCAUAUUUGCAAACGGUUUGUGCUCUGCAGUUUAUAUUGGUAUUGGAUUUGUAUGGAAACAGUGAGUACUUGCCUGAUGAAUUGGGAAAUCUGGUUCAUCUAAGGUAUUUAGGUUUGAGGUACACACAUAUAAAGAAGCUUCCUCAUACUGUAGGUAAUCUUCAGAAUCUACAAACUUUGGAGGUAACAUAUACAAAACUACGCCACCUACCUGUAGAAAUUCUGAAUAUUAAACAGCUCAGGCACCUUUUAUUGAACGAUUGCAAGAUACAUAAUGAUGGAAUUAGAGUUCCAAGAGGGAUUGGAACGUUGGUAAAUCUUCACACAUGCGCUGGUGUCUAUGUUGAUGCUGGUUUUGCUAUUGAAUUGAGUACUUUAACUCAUCUACGAAACCUUGAUGUUCGAAAUGUGUCUGAGGAUCAUGCCAGUGAGUUAUUUGUGUCCAUUUGUAAACUAGAAAACCUUGUCUCCCUCUCUCUAAAUGCAGAACGGACCUACCUUGGCACACCAUUGCCUGAAUUGGAAGCAUUAUGUCCUCCACCUCAUCUUCAAGAGCUUAGUUUACGUGGUGGCCUAUUUGAAAUACCAAAUUGGCUUGCCUCUAUUGAAAACCUUACUAGUCUAGAAUUGAGAGACUCUAAUCUCCUGGAGAACCCAUCUUCAGUUCUUCAGUUUCUUCCCAAGUUAAAACAUCUCGUUUUAGAUAAUGCUUACAAGGCAAAGAUCAUUAGUAAAGAGUUUUGCGAGGCAGGUGGAUAUCCGGAACUGGAAACAUUGUUAAUUUCUUCAAGGGAUCUAGUGGAGUGGACUGAGAUUGUAAAUGGGGCUUUUCCAAGUUUGAAGAGGCUUAAAUUUCAAUCUUGUCAUAAUUUGAGGUUUCUUCCAGAAGAUAUUGAAAGAGAGAAGACAGAUGAUAGCAACUGGGGAAACAAAUUUCAUUUGGAGGAGUCGUCUUCUCCUUCGUUACGAGGAGCCAGCUUUUGUCGUUGUGAGGAGAUAGAAAUUGCUGCCCUUCAACUUUUGUCACGAGGAGAUGGGAAGAAGAAGGAGAAGUUGAAGUAUGGGGUGGCAACUGCUUAUACAAGUGAGAAUGGAGUCGAGAGAAAAGAGAGAGAGAAGGCGGGGUGGACGGCGGCUGUUGGGAGAGAGUGA